UCUUAGAAUGCCAUAGUCAUGUCACCCAACCCCAAGUUCUCUCCACCUCACAUGAUCUGUCAAAAACAAUGAAGAGGCUCACCUAUGAGGCACCGUCAGAGCCAACACCCACACUGGAAAACUCAUACUUACAUUAGUUUCUGGGACAGUCACCACACUGGUUGCUCCUGAACUACAUUUCACAUCAACCUUCGAUGAUGUAUCAAAGGUCCGUGAGAAUUGUUUUGGGGGGAUUUGUGACUCACUUUAUCGUCGUCAUAUGGCAUGGCAUUUUCCGUCAGUGGUUGCCACAGCUACUAGUCACCUUAACCCGGAUGCUCCCGAAACACACCUAUCUUCUUCAUGUCCUCCUUUGCCAAAUCUUGUCUCACUGUUGAAUCGAGCACAGGAUUUGAAUGGGAUACUGCCAUCUGGUGGCUAUUUUGUGUAACUGCAAAAGGGAAAUUAUGCCUGCACAUCAACUAAUAAAGUGAAUUAAAAGAAAGUUACAUGGAUUAAACUUAGAAAAAGACUUCAUAUUGGGCAUACUAUCUUUGAUUUAUUUACCACUUUCAUUUUAAUCAAUUUAGUUAGAUCUAUCAAUAGCCUGAAUUUUUCCAAUAUUUGCAAGGCAAAUGAAUUCUUUUCUUGUCUUAACGAAACGCUCAAACAUGUCAAUUUACAGGUGAAGACCACUUAUAUUUAAGAAUCCAAAUGGCUCCAUACUAACAGAGACAAUGGGUGCAACAGAUGAACCGGAUUAAGAUCCAAACUCCCAUGUCUGGUCAUGUCAGUGAGAACAAACACUCUCCACUGAAGCAUUCCAGGCAUAUUAAGACCACAAAGAUGUGUGAAACUCUUCAGAGGCUUCACUUUAUGAAAUGCUUAUUGAAUAGCAAAGCAGCCGAUGUGGCAUGACCGAUCAGCUCUUUUGAGUCCCAGUGCUCCUUCUUUUCUCACAAACAUGUCAAACCAUGAUCUCCUCUCUUCCGCCUAUUUGCUCAUCUCUCCUCCCACUUGGUACUCCUCCACUUGUCUGGAGGAAUUGGACUUCGGAGCCUGCUGUGUUUUGUGUUUGAGGAGUGAAGAAUGGACCGAUGAGCCAGAAAAGAAAAAAUAAAGGAGCCUUGAAUUUCGCUGUAGUAGAACAGACACACUCCCAGGAGCACAAUCCAAACUGAGCUCAGCCAAAAUGACCAGAUGUUUAUGGACUCUCCUGCUCCUCUGCGUUUGCGCAGUGGACUCUUUCCGGAGCCGGAGCAAGAGAAGAGACCGCGACCCCAUGCAAGGCUACAUGGACCCCGACAACAACCAUCAGAACUUCAGACACCCAGAGAUGAAAGAGUGUCGCCGCUGCUGCGACCCAGAAGAGGAAAGCCCUCCUCAGUACCCCGGCCAUCACCCCCCACACUACAGGGUUGUUCCACACAUCAACAUCACAUUGCUCAAAGGUGAGAAAGGGGACGCUGGUGAACGAGGGCCCUAUGGCAAACAGGGUAGAGCCGGACAAACAGGCCCUUCCGGGCCCGUGGGCAUCAAGGGCAGCAAAGGCAGCAUGGGCCUUCCAGGUGAACCCUGCAAGAGCCAUUUUGCAGCCUUCUCAGUGGCUCGAAAGAAAGCGCUGAACUCCUUGGACUACUACCAGACGCUAGUUUUCGACACUGAGCUGGUGAAUCUGUAUGGCCACUUCAACAUGUUCUCUGGUAAGUUCUACUGCUACGUGCCAGGCAUCUACUACUUCAGUUUGAAUGUGCACACGUGGAACCAGAAGGAGACCUACCUCCACGUCAUGCACAACGAAAGGGAGGUGGUGAUCCUCUACGCACAGCCCAGUGACCGCUCCAUCAUGCAGAGCCAGAGUCUGAUGCUGGACCUGGACACUCACGACCAGGUCUGGGUCCGACUCUUCAAGGGUGAGAGAGAGAACGCCAUCUUCAGUGAUGAGUUUGAUCUAUACAUCACUUUUAAUGGACACCUGAUCAAGCACAAAGACGAGUUGUAGUUCUGAAACAAUGAAAACAAUAGAAUUUGUAUGUAAAAAUGAAUGUCACUAAGGAUCAAUGUAAUCCAGGUUGCCAGGGAGCAGAUCUUGCACUAGAGGGCGCUCAUCUAACAAUAGUGUUAAAAUCUCAAUUCUCAUAUUUCUUUUCUGCUUCAUCUUUUGAAAAGGAAAAACACUGAUCACUGGGUAAAAGCGGCUGACACAGAGGGUUGUGCUGGCAAAGGACGGAUGUAUUCAGCAAUAUUCAGCAAUUCUAUUAUUUCAAUCUCUUUUUCCAUUGUUUGAAUUCCUUUGUGCACUUUUGUAUUUAAACGACAUAACUACUGUAACCAGUUAACACAGAAUAAUAUACAAAUUGUUUUGCCUUAUAUCCAUAAAUAUAUAUAU